GCUGCUGUGCGUAAACAGCGCCGAUGAUGUGGAACUUCUGGAAGCAGCUUCAAGCCCAUUUCUUCGAAGCGCAGCCAUGGCGCGAUGGUACAACCAGUUGCAGAUGGGCGAGGAGACCGGCGCGAAGAGCGUCGACCUCGAGUGGGUGCAUGUCCACCCCAUGGGCCUUGCGAAGCCCGACGACGCCGACGCCAAGAUGAAGUUCCUCGCCGCCGAGGCCCUCCGCGGCGUGGGCGGCAUCAUACUGAACGCCGAGGGCAAGCGCUUCUGCAACGAGCUGGGCCGCCGCGACUAUGUCACCGGCGAGAUGUGGAAGAGCAAACCGCCCUUCAGGCUUUGCCUCAACAAGGCCGCCUCUGACGAGAUCAACUGGCACUGCAAGCGCUACACCGGGCGUGGCGCUUUCCCCCCUUCUUUGCGCUUUGUGCGUGCGGAGGAUUCAGAGCAUCAGCUACAGCAAUUGGAUCCGAAUGAUUUCCCGAUGCUGCUACAACCGCUUGGCCGCACAUGUCGAGCCUCAGAUCAAGUCGGCGUUUGGGCGUUCCGAACAGAAAUCGGUGGAACGCAUUUAGCCACAUGA